AUGCCCACCCAUGCAGCGGGCUUCAACCCAAGUUUUGAAGUGACGAACAAGGGUUUGAAAAUUGACGUGCCCCUCAAGACAACAGCCAACAGUGAAGACAUGUGGAUGUCGUUGAAUUGCCGGUAUGGAUUCGAGCAUGCGACUCUUGGAGUGCUCCUCCGAUAUCAGGGCGCCAACCGCUAUAUCCGUUCCAAACCACAGCUUCUCGAGUUUGAGCCGCCUGGAGAGUGGACACGGCCAGGACAGAUCUUCAUCAUCCUGGACACCGCUGUGGCCAUCACUAGGAUUCUGGAGCCAAGUGCAGUCCAUCAGAACUCGUUUGCGUUUUCGCUGAACGAGUACCGUCUUCAGAUGGUCUCAGUCUCCCACCCCGACCGCUGGUACCAACCAAAGAACACCAUGAAUACAUAUGGAGAACCUAAUUUCGUCGGCUGCUACUUCUUCCGGACACGAAAGACCUUGGUCCUGCUGGAGACGGACAUUGUCCUGGCAUUUGGAGUUGGGCCUAGUGGCGUGCCCUGGGCAUGUCUUGGGAUCGGCAAAGGCCGCAAAGCCAGCGCGGGAAUGCAAGGAAAGGUCGAGAUGACCACAGACCUGUAUGAUGCGGCCGUCGAGGAGAAAUGGGACAGGGUCCGCCAGCUUGGCACGACGCAGCAGAUUCACGGGAUCCGGAUCUACCAUUCGGUGGAUGGGCGCGGUAAAUGGGGCCUGUUCGCCUCGGUCGGCCCCCUGGAGAUGGUUUCUAAAGAAGGAAUCUAUAGCGUGAAGAUAGGAUGUGAGCCUUUUAGCGAUAGCUCGUUUGCUCCUGGGCUCAAGGGGGCGCUGAAGCCAGUAUGA